GCUUAAGACUUUGGUCUUCGGUUGCAAGCGAUGGGCGGAAGCAAACGACUUUCAGAAUGGCUUCUGAUAGGAGUAUGUGUGCUGCAUAUAAUAAUGGCACCCUAUACAAAAGUUGAAGAGAGCUUCAAUGUACAAGCUAUUCAUGACAUCUUGUAUCAUCGGUUGAAUUUUACCGAGUAUGACCAUCACGAAUUUCCGGGAGUGGUACCACGUACUUUCAUGGGUGCUAUAGCAGUUUGUGCUCCACUUUUUCCUGCAGUCAGUUAUUUCAGAUGGAGUAAUACUGCAAAGCGUUGGAUUUUGUACGGCAUGAGACUUAUGCUUGGUCUAACAGUUAUAUUCGCAUUUGGUCAUUUUGCUAAAGAAAUAGACAAGAAGUUUGGCAAAUUGUCAGGGGAUUUUCUGAGAUUAACAAUAGCGACGCAAUUCCAUUUCAUGUUCUAUUGUUCCAGGCCUCUUCCAAAUACGUUUGCCUUACUUGGGGUACUUUGGAGCUACCAGAAAAUUCUGGAGGGACACUGGUUAUGUGCAGCACGAAUUGCUGCAGUUUUCACACUACUAUUUCGAUGUGAACUGAUUCUGCUUUAUGGAUGCAUUUUUAUAUGGCCUGUUUUAACACGCCAACUACCUCUGUUUGGCUGGAAUGGUGCAGUUGUUCAUUGCUUGUCUACUGCUUUGCUCGCUCUAGGUGUGUCCGUGCCAAUAGAUUCUUUCUUGUGGCGACGAUGGGUAUGGCCUGAAGGUGAAGUAUGGUGGUUUAAUGUAGUAUUAAACAGAAGCCACGAAUAUGGCAUUCUACCUUACUUUUGGUAUUUUUACUCCGCGAUUCCACGGACAAUGAUAGCUUCAACUCCUCUUGUACUUCUAGGCGCAUUAAUUGAUCGUCGCUUACUGUCAAUUCUGAUGCCUGUUAUAUGCUACAUCUUCGUGUAUUCGUUCCUUCCCCAUAAGGAACUUCGAUUUAUCAUUUACACACUACCGGUUUUGAAUGUUUCAUCAGCAGUGUUCUGUGCAAGAAUGGCCAAAUGGGCUUCAUCUACCUGGGUUUGGAGUAGAGUUUUCCUUCUUCUAGGAUGGUUGCCGAUAGGGUAG